ACAACACCAAGUUCUGACCCAUCAUGGGAAGACUCCUAAAGCUCUCUCACAUCGCGAUACAGAAAUGCAUCCGACAUUCUAACCAAAUCACAAAUGUCGGAGACCUCCCGUAUCAUCUCGUACGGCCCCUCCUUGUGACGAUGAAUGCCAAACAAUUGGCACUCGUGGAAGCCAACAGUGCAAACAUCAUCCCAUUUAGUGAUGAGCUAUGGCACCAACUCAUAAAAAAGGACUUCCCCAAUCGGCCACCAAAGCCCAAUCCCAAGGCCGUCACCGCCGGCUCCCGAAUGGCCACCAAAGCUUUGUACAACCAGUAUCACGAAGAGCAGGAGAGUUUCAAGAGACAUUCCACCGAAAGACUAAAGUCGUUUACCAAGAUGUUGGAAAGGCAGAAAAGCGAAAACAGCGUGAUCCAGGUGGAGCAGAUCCUACGGGAUCCCACCGUACAACCUUCCCAUGCUUUCCGGGGAAACAAAAACAGUAUACUCAAUAAAGCCCGACGAGAGCUCCAAAGUCGGAUGUUGAUGUUUCCCAAGAAAGCCAUGCGGACGCCGGUGCGGCCACCACCAGGCCCCGUACCAGCCUUAGUGUCUCCCCGGCUCCGGCCUGUGGUUAAACCACAAAAACCCCUUGUGCUGCCCCAAAAACCCCUUUUGUUGCCACAAAAGCAUACCCCGGUGUCUUCGCCCAAAAAACUGGCUCCAAGCGCACCCCAGUCUAAGUCGACCCUAGAGUCAAAAAUCAGCAUCCAGCGCAAACGACGCAAGGUGGAGCUGUCAAAGAGCCUAUCACCCACUGCCACGAAGCCUAACGACCUGGAGGCGAAAUCUGAUAUCAAAUCCAUUAAGUCUUCAGUGUUUCACUAGACUUUUCACGAAACACGCAUCUAAUAUACAUUUGAGAUUCUAUGUGUAUACAGCCUAUGGGCACAGAAGGUUCUACUACAGUCAUCUAUAUUUUAGUCCUCUUAACCGUCUGUUCGUCUGCAUCACCCUUCCUCUUCUGUUUUUUGUACCCAUUGACCACCGAGUUGCCCAUGGGAUCAUCCUUGGAAUUGUCAAGCAACUCGUCGUCAUCAUCAAGUGCUAUCACCUGUUUAUAGCUAUUAAUUCGCAACCGACCAUUCAUAAGCACGUACCGAGAAUUCUCGAUAAACUGGUUGAUUUUGUUUCUCUUUAAUCCCAACGUCUCAAAGAAGUUGACAAUGUUGUUCAAAGACCUGACAUUGAUGGCGUCGGUACACCCUCCCGCGAUAACCACGCCGUUGGAACGAGUGGCUCGUAUCAAUUGGAUCAAGUUCGAAAUAAGGUGUUUUCGGCUCAUGGAGGACGAACUCGAAAUUAGACUGUCGUAACAGAUUUCAAACUUCACCCCCUUCUUGAUGGCCUGUCCCACAAUCUUGUGCUUCAAGUAGAAGUUGAGCCGAGAGCUCAACGCCACCGAAAUCAAGUCGAUAUUCAAGUUGAUGAUACUCAACUGAAGGGCUUUUUCCAGCACCGGCUUGAUGGCCACCAAGUCAAAAUAAUUCUGGAACUUGUUGAAGCUGACGAGUUUCGAAGAGUCGUUAACAACGACCGUGAGCCGCGUAUACACGCUGAGACCCGGGAACUUGGCCACGUCGAUGAUCUCAGGGACUUUUAUCGGGUUUAUCUCUUGGGGCAGGUUCACUGGGAGCCGAAUGCUUUCAUCGAUUUCAAAGUUGAUGGCCACUUUAUACACUUUCAACGAGUAUAACGUGACGAUGACGUUGCGCAAUCCCACCACCUGCUCAUCAGUAAGCUUCUCGUAGUUAUUUCGGGGCCACGGAACAUUGAGAUCGUACAUGGUCAGCUAGUAAGUCAUCGCAAAAUUACUUUUGGCCACC